AUGGCGCUCAAAUGUGGUGUUAGUUUUAUGCGGCUCGCUCAAUUACACAAGACAAUCAGAUGUCUUUCAACACGCACCAGACCAGAAACAAUUAACAAUGGUGGAAGUCACGCAGCUUUUCCCGGAGUGAAGGCUCCAUACACUACGGAAAUAAAGUUCCUCAAUGAACAUAGUUAUGAACCUAUCCCCAUAUACAGAGUCCUCGAUAACAACGGAGAAGUUAUCGACAGUAGGGAGGAGCCAGAUAUCGAUAACGACACACUUCUGAAUAUGUACAGGACUAUGAUACAGUUGAACCAAAUGGAUAAAAUACUAUACGAAUCCCAGAGACAAGGUCGUAUAUCGUUCUAUAUGACGAACUACGGCGAGGAAGGUAUCCACGUGGGCAGUGCGGCGGCGCUGUCACCCUCGGACCUGGUGUUCGCUCAGUACCGGGAGGCGGGCGUGCUGCUGUACCGGGGGCUGACGGUCACGGAGCUCGUGAACCAGUGCUACGGGAACCACGAGGACCCCGCCAAGGGGCGACAGAUGCCCGUCCACUACGGAAGCAAACAGAGGAACAUCGUCACCAUAUCCAGUCCCUUGGCUACUCAGAUGCCCCAGGCCGUGGGCGCGGCGUACGCGUUCCGUCGCGCGGGCUCCGGUCGUGUGGUGACGUGUUUCUUCGGCGAGGGAGCCGCCUCCGAGGGUGACGCUCACGCCGCCUUCAACUUCGCCGCUACACUCAACUGUCCUAUCAUUCUGAUGUGCCGUAACAACGGGUACGCGAUCUCGACGCCGACCAGCGAGCAGUACCGCGGGGACGGCGUGGCGGCGCGAGGACCCGCGGCCGGCCUGCACACCGUCCGUGUGGACGGGACGGACGCCCUCGCCGUCUACAACGCGGUGAAGAAGGCGCGCCAGCUGGCGGUCUGCAACACGCCCGUCCUGCUCGAGGCCAUGUCCUACAGGGUCGGACAUCACUCGACAUCCGACGACAGCAGCGCGUACAGGUCCACCGACGAAAUACAGAAGUGGACGCAAGAGGAGAGUCCCGCUAGAAAAAUGAGAUUAUAUCUUGAAAGAAAAGGUCUGUGGAGUGAGAAGCAGGAGGCGGAGCAGGUGCGUGAGGGUCGGGAGGUCGUCAUACGAGCCAUGCAACGAGCUGAGAAAGAGAAGAAACCCAACUGGAGGGAGAUGCUGCACGACGUCUACUAUGACAUGCCGCCCAUACUACUAAAACAAAUGAAACAAAUGGAGAGUCACCUCGAGAAAUACAAGGAACACUACCCGCUGGAGCAAUACCAGGACGAAGAGAAUACUGCUUAA